AUGGUCGUUCUGUUGGACCACUCCUGUCAGUCUCUACAUUUGAAUGGCCAUAUGGUUUUGAAAUUCUGUGAUCGUCGUUUUGCAACAAGCUUUAGGGAAGAUCAGAAAAGCAGCCCCUGGACUCCAGAUAUCGAACAGCAGUACCAGCAAUUCGUCCUGAAUGGUGACGCAUCUGAUUUCGUCGUCCGGCUCGACAACAGUGACGGGUUUGCUGAAGAAGAAGGGGAUGGUUUUAGUAUCGUGCAGGACGAGACAUACCUCUCUACAUGGAUGCGGGACUUCUAUGAGACAGAAACUGAGAUAUACAAUACCUUGAGGGAUAUCCAGGGUGAACACGUCCCUCAACUAUUCGCAUGUCUUAUAUUGCAUGGAUCAUCCUCAAUGCACGAGGCUUUGUCUACCAUCGAUCUGCUUCGUAUACAAAGCUAG